AUGCCAAUGCACAAAAGUGCUAGUAAGGGGGCAGACAACUUCCCAAGUUUGCGAAAGUUGGUGAAAGAUCGGUUGCUCAAGGAUGUCUUUGAGGCAGCGGAAGAGAAAUCUCAUGGUUGGAAGAUUCUGGUAGUGGAUCCUGGUUCCAUGGCGGUGAUUUCUUCUUCCGUCGGAAUGUACGAUAUCAUGGAACGACGAAUCACCAUUGUGGAGUCUCUGGAAAAGAAACGAGCUCCCUUUCCCGAUAAGGGAGUCAUCUACCUCAUGGAACCCACCGAAGACUCCAUCAGCAAACUCAUUGAAGAUUAUGCCAACAAAAAACCACUCUACGGACCCAACGUAUUCCUAUUCUUCUUGCAGCGACUGCCAGACCCAUUGCUAGAAAAAAUCAAGUACUGUCGACCUCUCGUCAAACGAGUCAAGGCACUCUCCGAAGUCAAUAUCGAUUUCUUGGCCAAGGAAGAUCGUGGAUUCACAUUCGACAUGAGAGAAUCCUUUGCACCACUCUACUCACGACAAGGAGCCAACAAAUUCGAAGAAGUCAUUGCCAACAAGCUCGUCACCGUCUGUGCGACUCUCAAUGAAUAUCCACACAUUCGAUACAGCAAGUCGUCCAAAGUUUGUGAUACCCUCGCCACGCUAUUCCACAAAAAAAUGGAUGCCUUUCUCGCCGCAAAUCCUAGUUGGUGGUAUCAUGGAGGCAGCAGCAAGAAUGAUGCACGGGCAUCGCAACGAGACAGAGCUGUCUUGCUUCUAUUGGAUCGGGCCGACGAUUGCUUGACUCCCUUGAUGCAUGACUUUCAUUACCAGAGUAUGGUCCACGACCUGCUCAAGGUAGAACGAGACCGAAUCACCACACAGGCCGAAACACAGGAAGAUGCCACCGAAACAGAAGCCAAGGACUUUUUGUUGGACGAAAAGGACGAAUUGUGGGUCGAAAUUCGUGGCAAACACAUUGCCCAAGUCAUUGAAUUGCUCAGUGCCCGCAUUCGUGAAAUCAUGAACUCCAACACCGGUGGCGCUUUGGGCGGCAAAAAGGGUGACGGAGAAAAGAAAAUGUCCUUGACGGAUAUGGCGGCCGCUCUCAAGGCAUUGCCGGAAUACCGAGAAAUCAUGUCCAAAUUGUCUCAGCACAUGCACAUUUCGCAUGAAUGUAUGGAUGUCUUCUCGGCCGAAUCUUUGAUGGAUCUCAGUGAAAUUGAACAAACCUUGGCCACGGGAAUGGACGAUGAAGGACGACAACCGAAAAUGUCCGAAAUCAUUGACCGUGUCGAAUUGUGUCUCCGAAAAAUGAAGGACCCCAAAGCCCGGAUUCGGCUCAUUUUGAUUGCCACCCUCAGUGCCAAUGGACUCAACUACGAUGAUCGAAAUCGGCUCUUGGGUGCUGCCGACUUUUCCCGAUCGGAUGGUCAGACUGUCGAUAACCUCAAAGCCAUGGGUGCCAAGAUGGGCGGUCAGAAGAAAGAGGACAAGGCAGGUGGCGGCGGUGGUGGUUUCUUCAGCUCUCUGGUUGGAGCGGACUCGGGGGAUGAUGAUGAAGACGAGGACGGAGAGAUUGCUCAAAGCCGUUUCAAGCCUGUGCUGAAGAGAAUUUUGCAGGGUCUGCUGGGGGUUGGAGAUCAGCCGCUGAGUUUUGAAGAUUUCCCCUCUGUCGUGCCCAUGCCAGAGGCCAGUUCAGGCACCGCGGCUUCUAGUGCGCGUGGGCGCAAGAAGAAACACCAUGGUGGAGUGGAAGGUAGCGCUAGAAAAGGGGGAGGCAAAAAGGACUGGAACAAGGCGCACGGCGGUGCCACUUCUGGUAAGAAACCGGCACUUACAUUCACUGGUGCCCGCAGUGUUGUUUUCACGGUUGGUGGAAUGGCACACUCGGAGAUGCGUAUAUGCCGAGAAAUGCAGGAGCUGGAGAAUCGUGAGAUUAUCUUUGGUUCGACUGCAUUUGUCACCGCCAAGGAUUUCGUUGAAGACUUGUCGACUCUUUCCUAA